AUGACCUCAGCGGCCACCGGGGAAUACAAGUGUGAAGUGAUCGCUGAACACCCAUCCUUCAGGACGGAGACCCGCUCCGUCUUCAUGGUGGUGCUGGAGCCACACAGAGAACCAUACAGAGAACCAUACAGAGAACCAUACAGAGAACCACACAGAGAACCACACAGAGAACCAUACAGAGAACCACACAGAGAACCAUACAGAGAACCAUACAGAGAACCAUACAGAGAACCACACAGAGAGCCAUACAGAGAACCAUACAGAGAGCCAUACAGAGAACCAUACAGAGAACCAUACAGAGAGCCACACAGAGAACCACACAGAGAGCCAUACAGAGAACCAUACAGAGAACCAUACAGAGAACCACACAGAGAGCCAUACAGAGAACCACACAGAGAGCCAUACAGAGAACCAUACAGAGAACCAUACAGAGAACCUGAGAACCAUACAGAGAACCACACAGAGAGCCAUACAGAGAACCAUACAGAGAACCAUACAGAGAACCACACAGAGAACCAUACAGAGAACCAUACAGAGAACCAUACAGAGAACCAUACAGAGAACCAUACAGAGAACCAUACAGAGAACCACACAGAGAACCAUACAGAGAACCAUACAGAGAACCACACAGAGAACCACACAGAGAACCAUACAGAGAACCAUACAGAGAACCACACAGAGAACCAUACAGAGAACCAUACAGAGAACCAUACAGAGAACCACACAGAGAACCAUACAGAGAACCAUACAGAGAACCAUACAGAGAACCACACAGAGAACCAUACAGAGAACCAUACAGAGAACCAUACAGAGAACCAUACAGAGAACCAUACAGAGAACCACACAGAGAACCAUACAGAGAACCAUACAGAGAACCAUACAGAGAACCACACAGAGAACCAUACAGAGAACCAUACAGAGAACCAUACAGAGAACCACACAGAGAACCAUACAGAGAACCAUACAGAGAACCAUACAGAGAACCACACAGAGAACCACACAGAGAGCCACACAGAGAACCAUACAGAGAACCAUACAGAGAACCAUACAGAGAACCACACAGAGAACCAUACAGAGAACCAUACAGAGAGCCACACAGAGAGCCAUACAGAGAACCACACAGAGAGCCAUCUUGAGGAGGAGGUUUAUCUGGGUCUUCAACAUCUUAAGUCGAUGUACAUCGGCUUACGGCAGGAUUCGCCAUUAGCUCUCAAGUGGCCACUUGUAAACCCGCUCAUCUUUCCCCAAUCUCGCCAACCUAGUUUACCUUCAGUAAACAGUUUACGAUCUCUACAGUACUACGACAUCGUCAACAACAAUACGACCCUAAAGAGCUAA